AUGCGUCAGCGCUCAAUCAAAGCCAAGUCCAGAGCUAACACACACGAUCCACCCCGCGUCUUUUCUGACCCACGGCUCCGUCAUAAGCGCUCAUCGCAGACCUCAUCGACUCGACAGGUCUCUACCCAGCUUUUUCCAUCACUUUCUGUUUCACGUCUCACUGGUUACUCGGCUUCAUACGCCAAGUUCAAGUACUCUCCUGACGGAAAUCUCAUCGCGGGGAUCAGUGCCUCGAGACGGCGCAUCGAGCUGUGGGAUGCUCUUACGGGGCACCUGCUCGGCACCUGCUCGCUGCCGCUGGAUCGAUCACGACUUGAACUACAGUCGUUGUCUUUCUCCUCGGAUCACCGUAGGAUCGAAGCUGUACUAGCAAACCGAUUAUUGAGUGGUAGUUUAUCCUACUACUUCCUGUCGGUGAAUAUGGAGAAUGGUUACAGUGUUGUACAAAAUGUAUCCCAUGCUUCCUUAGCCAAGCCAGCCCGCACUGACGGAAUGUUCGAUACCGUCGUGUUCUCUCCUGACGGGAAGUUCAUUGCCGGUGCCGUAGGCGAGCCGAAGGAAACCCAGGUGCGCAGUGCAACAACAGGAGAAGUACUCAUGCGACUACCCGGCCCAGGUUGCUGCAUAGUCGUAUGCUUUUCCCCUGAUAGCCGAAAGCUUUUCCUCGCAGUUCGCAUAAGGUCGUCUUCCUUCUUUGCUAUCGUCAAUGUGGAAAACACAGGGUCGAUAUUGCUCAAGCCGCUGCUCGAUUCACCCCUUCAUAGCACUCGGAGCACUUUUCGCGUCUCGCCUGACGGCAAAAAGGGGGCCGGAAUAAUAUAUAACGAAUUCGGCGACUUGGGUCUUCAAAUAUGGGACCUUGAGACGGGAGAGAAAACUCGAGGACCCCUCCUUGGUCACAUCGACAACGUCACUUGCUGCUGCUUUUCGCCGGAUAGCAAGAGAGUUGCUGAUGGCUCGAAGGACGGCACAGUCAUUGUAUGGGAUAUCGACACUGGAGAAAUCGUACUAGGGCCAGUGCAACAUCCUCACGUCAGAGAAGUUGCAUUUUCCCCAGAUGGGAAACGGGUGGCAAGCUUGGGUCUGGAUUUUCGUGAGUGGGAUGUUCUCACGGGCGAAUUAACGCUACCCCAUGUACCAACGGAUACUGCUGGUGAUCCCGAGCCAUUCCUCCACGGCCGAGGGAGAGUCACAUCUAUCCACUGGUUCUCAAAUGGUCAGCAGUUCAUUACCAGCAGCGACCAGGACGACUAUGUCCGAUUCUGGGAUGCAGAAACAGGAAACGAAGUCUCAAGCAUACACUUCCCUGGGGGGGCGCUUACUCAGCUUUCUCCGGAUGAGACCGUACUGACCAUCGGCUCCACGCGGUUCAUGGGAUCCGUUGGACAAUGGGAUGUCAGAUCCGGACGCAAGCUAGGGCCAGCUCUGAUCGAGCGGCGAGGGGCGGCCCGGAAGCUCGAGUUUUCAGCGGAUUGGUCACUGCUGGUAGCACUCCUUGUUUCUCAUGGACGACGGGGCUCCUACCUUCACUUCGUGGACCUCAAAAACGGAGGCCAAAGCGAAGAUUACGGCCUCAAGGAUGCUCUGAUUUCUGACGUUUCGUUGUCUCCAGGUGGUGAUGUCUUUGCUUAUUUUGACGUAAUCCACGUCUGCGUCACUCAAACCAAGGAGAUCACACAGAAGAUCAGUCUACGCCUUCAAGCGGAUUGCAUACCAGCACAUUUGCUAUUUUCACCAGAUGGGCAAUAUCUUUGCUGCGAUCUCAGGCCCAGAGAACCCGUUGGUCUUGACGAAGCAGUCACAAAUCCUCCCGAGUUUGGUCACGGAACCACUGUGCUAUUAGACUUUGCUAGCGGCGAGAAACUCUGGCAGGCUCCCGCCUUAGGGGCUGGUAUCCUCCCAUCACAUCCUAAGUCAUUGUUUUCCCCCGACGGGCUCGUAAUUUUACGGGCAAGCCCCAACGGCCAAGUCGAGCUGCUCCACACCACGACCGGCGACCGCCUCUGGAAACUCCAACGUGCCGAGCCACGCCUCAUGGAUCCGACUGCUUUAGCAUUUUUGUCAGAUCAAACCCGGUUCGUGGUUGGGACGAAAUUCGGUGAAUUGACAGUACACGAUGUACUCGAUAAGUUUAAACAACUGAACAUCCUUCCUGAACCCAUCAAGUAUCUAAGCCGGACGGAGGGAUAUUCGAACGAGGAGGAACAUGAAGUUCGUCAAUUCAUAGGGCCUUCCAUGGACAAUGCGCCUGACCCUGACUCGGAUGUGCCUCAGCGAGACUCGACUCAGGCUCGUGAAACACCUACUCGCACUAUGCCAGAACAGCCAUGCGACGGUGAAUCAUUUCUUAAUAUGCCAGCCACAUUAAGCGAGGCUGCGCGACGACACUACGAAGAUCUCAUGCAGCCUCAGCAAGAGCAAGCCUCUCAGCCUACGCUUAGCAUACAGGAUAUGCAGGCAGCCGGCGCCGACAACGUCGUGCCAGCGGACGGGCCAUUUUGGCGACAACGUCGUGCCAGCGGACGUCCGCGGACGGCACGACAACACCGUGUCCGCGGACGGCCGGCGCGCCGAUGA